GGGCUUUGCUGUUGGUGAUUGGCAGGUGCCUCAAGUUGACAUUACUGAAGCUUACCAACUUAACUCAGUGAAUACGAAAAAUAAAUUAACAGAAGGAAUGCUUGAAUACAACAUAUGAAGAAAAGAAAUGGGCAGUCGUGAAGGUAAAAGGGGCUCCAUCGGAGAGGUGACGUGAUAACUUUCACUUUCAGCUAACACACGUUCAGUCUGAUUUAAGAGAUGUACCAAUUAACUAAUGUGAAUGAUGAACACAAAAUAUGUCGAAAAAAAUAUAUCGAAUACCCAAUUAAUACUAUAAUCAAAUAUGUACAAAUAGUAAACAGUAAAACUAUGAUAGCUUAUUCACAUCAACAGUACUAUUUUCCACAACUGUUGUAGCAUUUCGAGCCACAAGAGGUCAGAAAUUCCCAGCUUUUGGGGCUGAUAAUAGCAUUGCUUUAGUUUAGAGUUGGUCUGACUCUAAUAUAUGAAAUAUUAGAAUGUAAUAUAUAUUUAUAAUAAGUAAUAUUAGAGUAAUAAAAUAUUGGUCUUAACUAAUAUUAAAUAAGAACGAUUUUAUUAUAUUAAUAGUUCUAUACAUGUGAACAGGAAAUAUGUUACAUCCACACUGAGAUUUGAACACCUCUAUCAAACGUUUGCCUUAUUAUAUCAGAAAUAUCGUUUCCUUUUAUUUAUUUUUCUUUUGUGUAGUUACGCAACAGUUUGUAUUGGCAAAAUAGUGUCAACUUUAUCGUAAUUGGUGUCAUUUGUUGUCAAGAGUGUUUCGUCUAAAAUCAAGCAUGUUAUUAUUAUAAUGCAACUUAUUAAUUAUUGUUACUUAUUAAUUAUAAUGCAAUAAUGCAACACAUGACCAAGUGAGCAGACGAAUUGUUGACGCUUAAGUUUUAGGUUUAAGUAGGUCAAAAAGCAAAUGCCUGUUAGAUGGCGAGCCCCCUCCCUCCCACUAGAGACACUUCUCCUCUGUGGUUGCGUGCCCUGCGCUUUUACGUACAACUCCAUCGCAACAGGCUGAGAGCCAUGCAAGCUGUCCGGGUAUGAACGUCUGUUUACCAUCAAUGAAAGAGGAUGUUGCUGCUGCUGUCUGCUCUCAUCAGUCUUCUCUGGCCGGAAGCAAGUCGCUGUUUGGUGGCAGGUGUAAACUUCACCGUGGAAGGAGACAUCCGCCACUUGGUCUCCACACCUAAUGCUGUUUACAUAGCAGCAGCAGAGAGGCUGUAUCAGCUGAACCGUGACCUGAGUCUGGUCCAGACUGUGAACCAGAGAGGGGUCCUCAGAGGUAAAAGUGAUUCUGCACAGUUUUUGAGAGUCGCAGAGAAGGAGAAAUGGAAUGCAACGUUCAGCGUGAACGUACUGCUGCCCUUUGUGGUGAAUGGAACUCUCAUCAGCUGCGGUGUGACGGACAAUGAAUGCGGCUACUGUGAGCUGCUGGCCUUGGCCAAUAUCUCCACGGUGCUCUACAGGGAGCACAUCCAGGUGGGGCCCUCAAGGCGCACGAGUGCAUCCGUGGCCUUCCUGGUGUCUGUGGCCAGCCGUGGCUUUUACAUUCUGACCGCCAUAGAGCAAAGCAAAGACAAGACCUCACAGAGCAUGUGCCCCUCUUUUUCUGAGACGGUGUACCUCCAUGACACCCUUCACAACCAGGAUAAGAAAGCAAGUAACCAAGGAGGCAUCUUCUCCUUCUCUGGUGAUGGCUCCAACCCACUCUUUAAAAGCAACGGGGAGGCAGACUUUGUGGAUGGAUUCCAGAUUGAUUCUAUCAUCUAUCUUUUUGCCAAUGUGCCUUCGUCCAGAGCCAGGGGUAACAAAGUUCGCCUCAUAUGGCUCCAGGCCAAAACAAAGAAAAUCGAUACCAUGAAGUCGUUACGUGGGGCAUCCCUCAUCGUUCCUGGGAGGAAAGACAGCAGACUUGUAGCCUCCUCGGUGGUGUUGGCCCAGGCCCAUUCCCCACUCUGGGUCGGUGUGUUCAGUGUGGACGGAGAGCCGAGCAACACCGAGCUGGUUCUGUUUGAUAUCACCCCUGAUCUCAACAUAGUAGCAGAUAAAGAUCAAGACUUCUGCAGCGCUGUUACCUGCAGCGAGAAACAUCCUCAGCCCAAAGUGCUGCAGCCUCAAAAGGUGCUCUUCAGGCAGACCUCCAUGACGUCUGUACUGGCUGUGAAACAAGGCACAUGGAUGGUCAUCUUUAUUGGAACAGGGGAUGGCCAGCUCAUUAAGCUACACGUGGACAAAAACCAUCACACCGCUUGUCCCACGGUGCUUUACUGGACUGAUGACGACAGGAAAGUAUUUCCCAGAAUGCACCUGGAUGAGGUGGAUCAUAAACAUUUGUAUGUGGCCUUUGGGAACACGGUGCAGCGUGUGCUUGUGUCAAAGUGCCACACACACAAAACGCUGCGGGACUGCUGGUCAGCGCAGGAUCCAAGCUGUGUGUGGUGCGGCGCCAAAAACAGGUUGGACACGUCCUGGCAUCUUUUUUCACUCCGAAACAUGGUGACGAUGGUGGCAUUUUCCCUUGUCAGUUGCACAUUUAAGGAUGAAUGCCAAAACUCCAACUGGUUGUCCCUUGUUGAUGAGUACCAGCCAAAGAUGAUUUCCUACAGCGUUGAAAAGCUAAGUGGUGGUCAGAUCAAGCUAAACGUUCAAACAAACGUGGCUGUGGAACAAAAUGCAAGCUCCAUCUUUUCCUGUCAUUUCUCUGGAACUUCUGGCGAGCUUUGCAGCAGGGACGGCCUUCCCCCUAAGUUCCCAGAGUGCAGCUGCACCCUUUCAAAUGGCACACUACCCAGCAAAGGUAUGAGCAUUGCAGUGAAAGUCAGACUGGCGUCAAUGAGGUUUUCGCAAUCAUUAAAGAUAAUGACGUGCUCUGACAUCAGGGGGUCGCCUACUGCUGCUCUGUGCCAACGAUGUAUUGAGGUUGGAUGUGCUUGGAGUAAAAACGUCUGUUCCUGGGCUACUGCAGGAGUUAUGAAUGACCGUGUUUGCCAAACAAUACAGUCAGGAAUGAACCUUUCGAAGCCAGAGAUCUCCUCCAUCACUCCCAGCAUUGUGUCUUUCUACGGCCACAACAACGCUGUUAUGUCUGGCUAUAACCUCAGCCAUGUGAUCAGAGUGAGGAUCCAGACGAACAUGGACUGCACGCCACGGGAGUCUCCAGUGUGGUUCAACACGGGCAUGAGCUUGAUGUUCCACAUUCCCGCCAAUGAAGGCAAGGGAACAGGCCGUCUGUGCGCUGUCCUCCCAGAUGGUAGUUGCCAUGGGAACAGCACAGUCACCUACAUGUCCUCCCCGUCGUGCAUCGCAGUCACGCCAAGCAGUACCUGGAACAGUGGAAAGAGGAAAAUCACGCUCAUAGGGUCCAACCUUGAGGUUGUGGACGCUGUCUUGCACAGUCACACCCAGCAGGAAGUCAGCCUCUUCACAAACAGAAGCUCUCAAAAUCUCACUUACCAUACACCUGCAGCUCAAAGCACUCAGAGGGUUUUUACCAGUAUUCUAUCUUUAAAAGUCGCCAAUGAGUCGUUGCGCUGCUCCCAGUCCAUCACCUACUAUCCAGACCCUCAGUUUACAAGCUUCACCUCCAGGAGGACUGGGGAAGGUGUCCGCUUUACUAUACAGAAAGCGGCAGAUAACCUGGAGAUGAGCAUAGAAGAUGUGUCAGCAUUGGGCGUGUAUGAGGGAAAAGACUACCACUGCAUCAUGAAGAACAAAGAAACAAGCAACCAAACUGACUUUUUCAUCUGUGAAAUCCAAAGCGCGCCUGAUGCUAACUUUAGGCAAUUGAAGGUUAUCUAUGGAGAUAAAACAGUACUGCUGCAGAAUACAUCACAUCUGUUAACUCUGAUGCUGCUCGUCCUUCUGCUCAUACCCUGCAUUAUACUUGUGGUGGUGAUGGUGUACCGACACCAGCAGCGGCAGCUAACUGUGAAGAUGAAUAAACGAAUGGAAAACCUGGAGCUUGACAUCCGCAAUGAUAUCAGACAAGGGUUUGUAGAUCUGCAGACCGAAAAGGCUGACCUGAUGGAAAAUGUCGGCACUAUUCCUUUCCUUGACUACAAGCAUUUUGCAUCCAGAAUCUUUUUUCCUGAGAAUGAAGCUUUGAUGGCAUCGUGUAUGGCAGACGUGGGUCAGGUCUCUGUGAAGGUACAUCUGGACGAGUGUUGCCACGGCUUGUCCAGGCUGAUCCAGGACCCGCACUUCCUUAGGUCCAUGGUGCAUGCGGUGGAGGAGCAGAAGAGUUUCACCAUUAAAGACAAGUGUGCGUUGGCGUCCCUACUGACCGUGGCGCUCCACAGCAACUUGUCGUAUCUAACAGAAGUGAUGGAGGCGCUGCUGAAAGAUUUGAUGCAGAAAAAUAACAACACUCAGCCCAAAAUGCUGUUGCGGCGCACCGAGUGCACAGUGGAGAAACUACUUACUAACUGGAUGUCCAUCUGCCUCUAUGGCUUCUUGAGGGAGAGUGUUGGCCAGCACUUGUUCCUGCUGGUGAGCGCCCUCACGCAGCAGAUCGCCAGAGGACCGGUGGACUGUGUGACGGAGAAAGCGCUGUACACGCUCAGUGAGGACUGGCUACUGUGGCAGGCUCAGGACUUCAGCUCACUGAGGCUGAGGGUGUUGUUUGCGGUGGGCAGCGACGGGGGCGUCAGCGAGCCUCUGGAGGUCAUCGCCCUCAGCUGUGACACAGUGGAGCAGGUCAAGGAGAAAAUCCUAACCACCUUUAAGGCCAAGUUUGGUUUCCCUUAUAGCAGCCGUCAAAGGAGUGUUUGUCUUGAGUUAGACACGGAUGGAUCCUUCAUUGCUCUGGAGGAGGUGGAUGCAAGCUCCCAAGUUAUCGGGGAGGUGACCAUGCUCAACACACUCAAGCACUACAAGGUUCCAGAUGGAGCGACAAUCAAAGUGCUUUCAAAACCACCUUCUCACAGCCCCCAGCAGAGUGUGAAAGACGAUCAGGACUUCUCAGGGAAAUACUUCCAUUUGAUUGAUCCCGAUGUGGAUGAGGACCAAACAAAGAGCCCAGAGAGGAAGAAGUUAAAGCUGAAGGAAGUGCACCUCACUAAGCUGCUCUCAACAAAGGUGGCAGUGCAUUCAUUUGUAGAGAACCUGUUCCAGUCUAUCUGGGGGAUGCCUCACUGCAGAGCCCCACAGGCCGUCAAAUACUUCUUCGACUUCCUGGACUCUCAAGCAGACAACAUGAAGAUCCCCGAUCCAGAUGUGCGGCACAUUUGGAAGACGAACAGUCUGCCUCUGCGCUUCUGGGUGAACAUCCUGAAAAAUCCCCACUUUGUGUUCGACAUGGACAAAAGUCCACACUUAGACGGCUGCCUGUCCGUCAUCGCUCAGGCCUUCAUGGACUCCUUCUCCCUCAGCGAGACGCAGCUGGGGAAGCACACACCAACCAACAAGCUGCUGUACGGCAAAGACAUUCCCGAGUUUAAGCAGGAAGUCAAGGCUUACUACCGGCAGAUCCGAGAGCAGCCACCAAUCACACACUCCGACUUCCACAGCUUCCUGCACGAGGAGUCAAAGAAGCAUGAAAAUGAGUUCAAUGAAGCCGCGGCCCUCAAGGAGCUCUACAAGAUUAUUCAGAGAUACUUCUCAGAGAUCACGGAAAAACUGGAGCAGAAUGGCGCUCCUGCUGAGCUCAAGGAGCAAUUACAUCAAGUCAAGAAGACGUUUGAUGGACUGAAGAGCUGCUCCUGGAGUUGACCCACCUCUGACACAAACAACCACCAAGUUGUACUGUACAUCGUUUUAGCAUAUUUAAAAACACAUCUUCUUAAAGGUACACAAUACAUUGCAAUGCAACAAUAAAUACAUCUUUAAUUUU